CUGAAGUCACGGUGAAGAGCGACUAUUUAGACGAGCUUUUUUAUAUUGUAGUAUAAACUGCAAUUUAUUUAUUUAUUUGUGUGUAUAUAUAUAUAUUUUUUUUAAGUAGAACUAAUCCAGAUAGCCAGUGUAAAGAGGACGAGAAGUGUGUUGUAGUGUCUGGGAUUGGAGGAAUGAAUACAGACUUGGAGGAGCAGGAUGACGAGCUACUCGCGAUGCAAAGUAUCUUUGGUUCGGAGGAGUUCUUCCGGGAAGAGUCGAAGUCUGCAGGGGAAAUCCGAGUGUCCGUGGAGCUUCCUGCUGGCUACAAUGUGGCUCUGAAAGACGGUGAAACAAAGAGGCAAUAUGACAUCUCAUUCCUCCCUCCGUUGCUUCUAAACUUUGAACUUCCUGCGGACUACCCUUCCUCCUCCCCUCCCUCCUUCACCCUCACCUGCAGCUGGCUGACUCACGCACAGCUGGUUUCACUGAGUGCUCAGCUUGCUGAUCUCUACCAGGCCACUGGAGGCGCUGUGGUGCUGUUCUCCUGGAUACAGUUUCUGAGAGAAGAUGCCCUGAAGUUUCUGGACAUCCAUACUCUACUUGAGCUUCCCUCUAAUGAAAACAGCACUCUGCAACAUAACCAAGACAAGCAAGAUGCUGAAGCCUCAGAAGCAAAGGACGAUGAACACUCUUCAAAGUCAGAACCCACAUCUGACCAGUGCGGUAAUGUGUCAUCUGGAGAAAUUCAGCAAAGUAUGCCAAUCUCAGAAGGAGACAGCAGAGAAAAUGUUUUAAGUAAAGGGGGUGUUUCGGCUUCAGUGUUGCAUCCUCCAAGCUCUGUGGGUUCACUAGAGCCAAGUGAACAAGAAGCUGCUUCUUUGCCACUCCAUGCCACAGAACUCUCUCCAAACAAAAUCUCUUUAACUCCGUCACAAAUGCUCAUGUCCCAGAUUCUGAUCCAUGAUGCAACACAGAAACAGAAAGUGUUUGCCUCCACAGUGUUUGACUGUGGUGUUUGUUACAUUGGUUGGCUUGGCUCAGAGUGUGUGCAGCUGUAUGAGUGUGGCCACAUCUUCUGCCAGGCCUGUCUCAGGGAGUUCUGCAAGGUCCAGAUAGCAGAGGGGAACAUCAGGAGUGUCACCUGUCCUCAGGCAGGCUGCACUGCAACACCAACACCGUCACAGGUAAAGAGUCUCAUAGGGGAAGAGCUGUUCAGCAGAUAUGAUCGUCUUCUUCUACAAUCUACACUUGACUCCAUGUCUGAUGUGACCUACUGUCCCCGGAAUUCUUGUGGUUCAGCGGUCAUUCUGGAAAAGUCCAGCACUGUAGCACUCUGCUCUGUGUGCAGCUUUGCUUUCUGUGUUGACUGCAAGAAGGCAUAUCAUGGAGCAAGCAAGUGUUAUGAAGACAAAAUUAUUAAACAGAAACAUGAUGAUGGUCUGCAAAACCUGCCACAAACAGACGAGGGGCUUGCAGCUCUUCUAGAGGACUAUAACACUGGCAGUAAGCAGAGGCGCCACCUUCUGGAGAGCAGAUAUGGCCGCAAAAUGUUUGUGUCUACGUUAAAUUCAACUCUGUCUGAAAGGUGGAAGGCUGAUAAUACCAAGCCCUGUCCUCACUGCUUUUGCCCAAUAGAGAAGGACGGCGGGUGUGACCACAUGUAUUGCACUCAGUGCAGGCAACCGUUUUACUGGUUCUGACUCUCCAGACUGGAUUCUGCAUCCAAACUUUACGUUAACAGCCAAGGGAGAAAAUGAGACACAUUUAGCAUGUAAUCUUUUAGCACUUGAUGACACAUAUAAAAACUAAACUUAUGAAAAAUCAAACAUUACAUACAGAUAAAAAAAAUAUUCACAUGAAGUAUGCUUUUCAAACAAUCACCUCAGCAAAACCUAAAACUGAACGCAAUAAACACAAUAGUUCAUGCUGUAUAUUUUUCCAGUUAAAUUUAGUUAAGUUCAGUUUUUAAAAUGGCAUUAAAUCCCAACUAAAAAAUUAAACAUAAGUGAAGCAAUCUAAGAAAACCAAGCUCUGCGCUUGUUUUGAAAUCUGCUGUACUGGAAUGUACAACUGUGCCAGCUACUGGACAGUUCUGAUUAUCAUUUUAUUCUCUAAAAAACACAAUUUUAAUUUAAUUUGUUUCCUUUUAGUUCUCUUAUACUAAUGAAGAAUGAAUAAACAGACGCAGAAGUACAUUUUCAAUUUUUACUUUCAAGCUUGGUCAAAUAAUUUUAAAUUAGUGAGGCAUUACGUCUUCCUCCUCUUUAAUUUCUGAAGGCCUUUUUAUGGAUACUGUGCUUAUCUUUGCAUCCCUUUUAAGAUUGUUUUCUACCUACCCACAACCAUAAGAAAAAGAAGGAAAGGAGCCACCAAAUAUUAUUUAAAACAGUAAGAAUAUAAUUUUAAAGACAAGUUCACAGAAAAGGGGUAAAAAAGAAAUCUAUAGUAUUUUAUAGGAUAGUAUUUUAAAGAAUUUCUGUUAAAUAUUGUACUGAAUCCUUCCAGUAAUUAUCCUGUGUGUUGUACUGUGUCACAAUCUGCAGAUGGCACUAAAUAACAAGAAUGAGAAAUCCAUAUAUAUAUAUAUGAUUUUAAGCACAUUUUAAUCAAACAAUUAUCAUAAGACAUGUACCUCAAUAUGACAGAAAGUGAGGUAGAUGAAAUAAAAAAAAAGGGGGUGGGGGGGGAGGAGGAUCAGGACAUCCAAAUUCAGUUCAAUCAAACCCUAUGCCAAUAAAUUUAAACAAAACUAUACAAAGUAUACACAUUCACAAAUUUGUAAACAAGUAUACAUAAACAUAUCAAAUAUUUUAGUUGCCCCUUUACUCUUCAGUAGUCUACGUCAGUGGUUCCUCCUUGGGGACCUCCUACAUGCAAAUACUAAAAAGCCAUGGACCCCCAUGUCCCACCUCGUGCUGAAACCAUGCUUGUUUUUAUAUUUUCAAAAGUGAGAUUCUCACCAUAAAUAUUACAUUCUGGCUGAGUCCUGUCCUUCCAUAAACCCAAAGUUAAAUUAGCAACACAAAACCUUUUUUUCUUAAAUAGGGACAAUGUGUCUAAAGACAUGCAUGCCAGGUUAAUUGGGGACUCUAAAUUUUCCUUAGGAGUGAGUGUGAGCAGGAAUGGUUGUUUGUCUCUCUUUGUUGGCCCUUCGAUGGACUCGUGACCUGUCCAAGGUACCCUGCCUCUCACCUGCUAAAUGCUGGGUUAGGCUCCAGCUACCCCGCAACCCUUCAUUGGACGAAACAGUAUAGAUAAUGUAUGGAUGGAUGGGUGGAUGGAUGGAUGGAUGGAGGGACAAUGUGUGGAUAUUAAUCACAAUGGCUCUGAAUGGUGAAGGCCUCGGUGGCCUCAUGUGCUCUUUGAGGGACCCCAGGACCCCACUGGUCUAGGUCACUAGGAAGUUCCAAAAACUGGGAAAAUAACAAUAAUCAUAACAGUCUAGAUAAUAAUAAUAAUAAUAAUAAUAAAAGGAAAACAAAACAAAAGCUAAAAAAGCUAAAGCUAAAAGCUAAUAAAGAAAAUGGAUAUGAUAAAUACAAUAGUGUAAGAUGAUAUCCAAAAAUAAAUAAAUUAAUUAAAACCUAAGAGAAAAAAAAAACAUUAUAAAUGAAAAAUUGCAGUCUGGCAUCAGGGUCUGUCUAGUAUUUCUAGCUAUGCAUCAUGGAGAAACAAUCACUUCCACAUUAUCAGAAAAAGAGGAGGAUGUUGCCUUUGCUUCAUAGGAUCUGUUCCUGCAUAGCGGCCAAAAGCAUUUCAUUUAACUACUUCAUUUAAACUUCUUAAAGUGUGGAGAUGAUGAUUUCCAUUUUAACAAUAUAUUUUGCCUUAUUUUUUCUGCAACUAUACCUGCUUUAAGAAUCUUUGAUAGUCAGGAAAGGUCUUUGUUCUGUCAUCAACCAAAAACUGUCAGUUUAUAGUCUGCUGUCAAUUAUAGUCAUUAGUAAUUAUUUAUAUAAUUAAUAUUGCACUUAAGUUGUUUAGAAAACCAGUUGAAGAUAUUUUUCCAAUAGCUAUACAAAGUGGAAAUAAAUAUGCUAAUGAUCCGAAUUACCACGCCUUUCACACUUCAGAGACACUGAAUCGUAUAUUCUACUAAGUUUGGUUUAAAAAUAAUGAAUCCUGUGCAAGACUUUGUGCAUGAGUCUGGAUAUAUUUAAAAGUGAUGUUUUAGAUAAGCAUUGAUUCAAAACUCCAAAAUAUUAUAGCUAAUAUUUUUACUGUUUACUAAAUACUAUAAACUGCAUCUAUAAUAAGUUUUGUUGUAGAGCACUUAAAUGACCUUAUAGUAAUUUAAAAUUUAAGUUAAAAUAACUUUGUAAAUGAGGAGAAAGGUUGCUUCCUACAUACAGCCACUCGUAUCAAAAAGCUGUAGAAACUGCAGUUUGUACACAUUGGUUCCACUUAAAUCAGCAGCUUACAGGUAGCUAUUUUUUCUACGGUAGACUCCCAUAUUGACUUCCUGUUUUUGGUAACUCGACUGCCCUUCCUCUGCUGCUCUGUCAAAACACUGGAACAAAGAUCUCUCCUUAAAUAUCCCCAGGGUGCCUCAGAUAUUAUAGGAAGUCCACAGCUGUCUCUCAUAGUAAGUCAGUGAGCUCGUGUUCCUGUGUCUCUUCCAGGAAAGAUCCAUUUUCCACACUGGGGUCGUCACUUCCUCAGAAAUGUCCAAACAACUGUUUGCCUUACUGACCUGCAGUGCACUAAAGGACCUAAAGGACUGAAACUAGGACUGGACAUAGAUUUGUAUCAGUCAAGCCUCUUUGUGGUUCAUGUGAAGCAGAACAUACAUAGGAAAAAGCACAGAGGGAUUAAUGAUAUGAGAACAAACAUGCUUAGAAGGUAUACAGGACCACUGCACAGACUAAAACUGACAGGUUCAAACAGCAUUAUCAGAAAGACUGCAUGAGAGUAAAUGAUGCAAUAAAUUAAUAUAUCCUCUUCUCCUAAAUAUAACACUUUUACUCACUUAGUGUUCAGUCUCAUUUCUAUUCAGAGUGCACCACAUGACAGCUUUUAAAUGGAUACCCCAGAGAGAAUGCAGCUGUUUCUAUUGUAUUUAUACUCGAUGGUAAACCUUGUGUCUGUUAUGUGGGGGCCAUGCAAGAACUGUCAGAAAUAUCCAAUAUUUAGCUGAAAUGCACUGGAAUAGAAACUGCUCAUGCUGUUCAACCCUAUGGAAGAAAAACUGGAGCCACCUUUUAAGGUGCCUUACCAGGUGCCAUCAUAUUAUUGCAAUGACUGGCAAUAAUACCCCCCUCACUAUAGAGAUCAAGAUUUCAGGCUUUUUCUUUAAUAAAUAUUUAUUUUCUUUCACUUUAAAAAGCAUACUGCUCUGAUAAAAGUCCAAGCUAGCUAGAUAGCUAGCUAGAUUGAACCACAAUAAAUAAUAUAUAAUAAUAAUAAAUAAAACAGAAUAAAUAAUACAUAAUAGUACAAUAAAUAAUAUAAAUAAUAAAACAUCCCUGUAGUGAAGUGGUAUGAUUAUAUCAUGACUGAUAUAAAUAAAAUUUUUGGACAGAAACAUUGCAGAGCUGCAUUAUGACAUUAAUUUAGGAUUAAAUAAGAUAUGAUUUUUUUGAUGCCUUUGACUGAUGACAAGUCAAUGUGGAGAUGACCUCUAAACUUACAACAAAACAUGGUGGAGGUCUUAUUAAAAAUGUAUGGCUACUUUGAAGAUCAGAAUAAAGAGCAAAAUGUAUCUCACAGCAUUAAAAACCAUUAAGACCAAGAAUUCAGAUCUUCCAUCUCCUUGACCCGAUGCUCAUAUUUACCUGGAUAAAUCAUGGUUUUCCUGGCAAAGAUUAAGAGAUACUUACACAACAAUGGCUGUCAUGUUGCAGAAAGUUCUCCCAUUAAAUGUUAGUGAUAUGUGUUUGAGGUUAUUUUUUUUAUUUGUAUUGAUUCAUUUAAAAUAAAAUACAAAUAAUUAACAAAUAAUAAAAAAAAAAAACCUCAAAGCAGAAAUCCAAUUUGUUGUGUCUUACUAAAAACUAAUAAUUCAUAGUUGAGGCCAGUGUAUUACAUUUCAGGCCAUCUGUUUAUAUUUCCUGUUGACAGAUACACAGUCUAGCACU